GACGGUGCGCACGCGCGAACCUCGGGGUUUCAUUGGCUGCUGCUAAGCAACACCCGCACCCAAACCGACCAAUCCUGGCGUGCUCCCGCCGCCGGGUCCCCGGCCCAGUGGCGAAAGGGACGAUUCUUAAAGGAUUUGGCUUGGCAAUGCCCAGGGUUCCGACCCCACACACGGGCAUGGACACACCCGAGUGCUGUCAAAGGAGACCUGAAGCCAGAUAUCUGGGCUCCAGUUUCGAUUACCGCUUUACGCAGGGCCACGAGCCCCAGCAGGAAUACCAUACCCACGGCCUGAAAAGGCGGGACCGUCCUGGCGCCAGCCACGCCCCCAAGGUUACGUUCCGGGUUGCGCAAGCGCAAAGGGUCCCCUGCAUCCUAGAGGCGGGGCCGGUAAAGGACGCCGAGUUUAGCGCUUGCGCGCCCAAUCGCAAAGGACGUUCCUCCUGUGCCCCGCCCUAUAGGCUGAGGAUCCAAUCAGCGCCGAGCAUGUAGGCACCACCUACCGUGGGUUGCCGAGGCGGGGGUGCGUCUCGCUGCAGCUGCUGGGCUCCGGACGUGGCGCCCUGGGGCCCAAGGGGACAGAGGCUGGGCUCUUUCCUGGCUUCCCGGGAUGUCGGUGGCCUUCGUACCGGACUGGAUGAGAGGCAAAGCGGAAGUCAACCAGGAGACUAUCCAGCGGCUCCUGGAAGAGAAUGACCAGCUGAUCCGCUGUAUUGUGGAGUAUCAGAACAAGGGACGGGCGAAUGAGUGCGUUCAGUACCAGCACGUGUUACAUAGAAACCUCAUUUAUUUGGCUACCAUUGCAGAUGCCAGCCCAGCCAGCACAGCAAAAGCUAUGGAAUAAUGUUCCAGUUGACAGCUGUGAGAAGUCAUGGAAUGCAAUCCAGUUCCUAUGAAGUGGAGAUAGGAUCUUUACCAAUCAGCUGUGUCAGAUACACAUGAAACCUCUGUGGCUCGUUUUAAAAUGUGAAGAACGCUACAUAUUGUUAACAUAAAUAUUUAUUUUAACAACUAAGCAUAUUCUGUCCCAAGUUGACUCUGGGUGUCCUCUUUCCUGAAAUGGGGUGUUUGAAUAAUGGAUGUCAAGAGCAUCUUUAAGAACACCUAUUUUUUGUUUCCCCCUGAAGAGGAGACUGACAGGGAUUGGGUACCCAGCAGAAAGUGACAGGACUCGGCUAAGACUUCAGAGCCUUGUGACCAUGCCUCUGCCAGCCAGCUGUAGUGCCUGACCCCCGACGUCUCUUGCGGGUUGCUUUCAAAUAAAGUUUGUCUUCCCACAAAACAUUGCUAAUGAGAUACAGAACUGUUCAUUAUUAGUAUUUGUGACAUGUUUAUUUAAAUAACUUAUGGGUUGGAAAAACUACAUAGGGCUGGAUAGAUAGUUCAGAAGGCUAGAGUGCGUGCUUUGUAUGUGGGAGAUUUGAUCCCUGACACGCAUUUCAAGGUCCCCUGAACACUGUAGGGUGUGGCCCAAAAACUCAUAAUGGUGUGUGAGAGAUAAACCAAAAUACUGGAACCCAUGCUCUGUGUGCAGGAGGCCAGGAUUGAUCUCUAGUAUCUUAUGGCCCCCUGAGCAACUGUCAAGAGUGAACAAAAAUAUAUAUAAUAGUUGUAUUUCACUGCACAAUUGUUGAAGAUUUUAUGCCAGACGUUUUUGCAGAAAAAGUGCGGUGCUGGGUCCAAAGAGAUAGUACAGGGUUAAGGCUCUUGCCUUGCAUACACUUGGCCAAUUCCCAGCAGCAGAGAGGGGUCCCCUGAGCACUUCUAGGAGUUAGCUUUGAGGAUAGAAACAUAAGCUAUUGAGAACUGCCAGGUGUGACAAAAAAAAAAAAAUAUAUAUAUAUAUAUAGUGAAGUGCAAUCAUUAUGUGAGACUUUUAAAAAGUUCUGGUAGUUAAUUAUUUUUGGCAGGGAGACCGCACCUAGUGAUGCUCAAGGGUUACUCCUGGCUCUGGGCUCAAAGGUCACUCCUGGCAGUGCUCUGGGGACCAUAUGGGAUACUAUGGAUUGAAGGUCAGCAAUGUGCAAGAUAAGUGCCCUACCCACUGUGCCGGUAUUUAAAGCAAAGUGGGUUGAUAUGCAGGGAAACAUGGUAAAAUGAAAAUUAUAGAUCAGAGAGAUAGUAUAGGGUUAAAGUGCUUGCCUUGUACAAUGCAGACCCUGUUUCAAUUCCUGGCACUGUGCAUGGUUUAAGCACUACCAGGCGUAAGCCCUGAACACAGCUGGGUGUGACCACAAGAACAAAAUAAGGAACAAGACCAGGGAAAUGCUUCAAAAAAGACAUCCAAUAACCCCACUUUUGAUCCAUAUACUGCAUGUUCUUCCCAACCACCACAAAAAUGAGACCCAAAAAAAUCAACGGAAAAGAUAUAGAGGUCCUACUGGUGCCAGAGAGUAUAGAAGGUAAAAUACUUAAGCACUUGGAUGCAACCAGCCCUAGCUCAGGCCCUAGUACAGCUUAUGGUCCCCUGAGCACCACCAGGGGCUACUCUGAGUAUCUCAGGUGUUGACCACUGUCCCAAAUGUUCUUGGGACCAUUUCCUGGCAAACUAGUAUAUCAUAGAGGAUACUUCAGCCUCCAGAUCAUAUGUACAUACUGAGAAUAACCACCGAAAGCAGAGCCGGAGGCAAGGCCUUGGGUUUAGGUAACAUCUUCAAGAUGUUCUCCCCAAACUGGAUAAAAGUGGGAGUGAGAGUGACAGGUGUGUACUGAAGUCACUGGGCAAUGACAUUGCAGGGAUCUCAGAACUGUGCAGGUUUCAGAAGUGGUCACCUGAGAGAUACUGGUUAGGGGUUAUCUGCAAGGGAAUCAGGUUCCCCUGAUUAGCAAUAAAGUUUGUGGCUGGCUGGGCUCCCAGAUGUGAAAGGUGGAAGGAAACAGAGGUGCAGAACAGACCCCUGGGUCAAGCCUCUGCCACACCAUGUGAGUCUAGACUUGUUCAUAUCGUCUACUGCUCCUAUCUGAGGGUCAAGGGUCAGUGGCAGCCCCUGAGACUGCAGUCCUGAGAAGUCUGCUCCCUAAGCAAAACCCGUGACUUAUGACAGUGCAAUGCUACUUCUUGGCCUAGAGGAUAAAGCCUAGCUCACUCCCAGUGAGGCGUUUGUGACCUACUAUGCCCCCCUCGCUUUGCCUCUUAGGAGAGUGUGUUUCCUUCUGCUUUCAGGGGCCUCUGAGAAAAAGAGAGGCUUAAGUCAGAGUCUAACUGUGGAGAAGCACAGGCAGGCCAGCCAGCUGAACCCCGGGGACCCCCAGCCACCUCUUCUUAGCUGACUCAGAGACAACCUAAAGCACAAAUAGCUGCCCACCACCCUCUUAAAUGACCUAGAAUUCUAGUGGUAAAAGGUGAUCUUACAAAGGCAUAGACCAAGACUCAAUCUACCACACUUCCUUCACAAUGGAUCUCUGGCUUCCAUACCAAGGUUCCAAGCAGUCGGUAAGUUCUCCCAUUCAGGGUCUAUUUAGAUUCCCUCAGCUACACAGGGUCUUAGCCUCCUCGUGGUUUUCCAAGCCUGCUUCUCAAGAUUUGCAACUGUGGUCACUUGUCAUCAUAGUCUCCGGGGAUGAGGCUAUGGCAGCUAAAACAAAGAAACCAGACAGCUAAAAUAUUAAGCUAUUUUCUCACUUCCUAGUUGAGGAUUUGUGACAGUUGAGGCUGACUUUUGGAAACUCCAUGUGGCAGUAUUGCUAAGGAGGAAAUAAGGUCAUGUGACCUUGAUCUGCAAUAAAUUUAUAUUACUGAAGAUAAGUUGAAUGUAUCCCCUAUACUGGAUCCAUAUCUCAUUUGAUUGUUCCUCUCUGCCUCACACAUCCUUUUUUUCCACUCAAUUAUCUUAACAAAUACUACCUUAAGAAGAGGGGCUGCUUGGGGGGCUGGAUCAGUAGCACAGCCGGUAGGGCAUUUCCCUUGGAUGCGGCCAACCCGGGUUCAAUUCCCAGCAUCCCAUAUGGUCCCCGAGCACCGCCAGGAGUAAUUCCUGAGUGAAGAGUCAGGAGUAGCCCCUGUGUAUCGCCAGAUGUGAUCCAAAAAGUGAAAAAAAAAAAAAAAAGAA